AUGCAGAGACAAUUCUGUAUCAAGCUCCUCUCCAAAAUCUCCAGAAAUGUCCCGAAUCCAAACGCCUAUUCGAUCUCCUCUCAACCCUUUUUUUCAUCAUUUUUGAAAACCAAUACAAACCCAUUUUCUCACCAGCUUUAUAAUCAGUCUUUUUCUCGGUAUACUACUCUUACAGGGCAACAUUCCUUGAAAUCAAAUCCUGCUGAUGCAGUUUUACAGAAAAUCAGAUAUCGAGUUUUUUCCUCAAACCCAAUUCUUGCUAAGCGAUUUUUCUCGAACACCCUUUUGAAAGGUCAAAGAAAAUGUCCUGUUAAUGUCGCAAAGAGAAAUUUCCACUCAUUUGAUUCUCGUCGCCAUGGCUGGAGAUCAUGGUUUCAAAGGCUUACCACUGAUGGAGUUGUUAUAGGCUUGAUUGUAACGAAUGUUGCUGUCUUUCUAUUAUGGAGAGUUGCUGACACUCAAUUUAUGAUGAAGAAUUUCACGAUAUCCGUAGACAAUUUUACAAGCGGACGGGUCCACACAUUGAUAACUUCCGCGUUCAGUCAUGCAGACUUGGGGCAUCUUAUGGCUAAUAUGAUCGGUCUUUAUUUUUUCGGAAUGAGUAUUGGAAGAGCUUUUGGACCUGAAUAUUUGCUGAAGUUGUAUAUAUCUGGAGCUGUUGUUGGCUCAACUUUUUACCUGGUAUAUCAUGCCUUCAUAGCUCCAUCGCUUGAGAGAAAAAGAAUGCCGGGUAUGGUGUCUAUUGACCCUUCAAAAAUUCCAGGAUUGGGAGCAAGUGGAGCUGUGAAUGCAAUUAUGCUGCUUGAUAUAUUUCUUUUUCCUACAAAGACACUCUAUUUUGACUUUUUUAUACCAGUUCCAGCUAUUUUACUGGGAAUCUUUCUUAUUGGAAAAGACGUCUUGAGGAUAUUGGAGGGAGACCAUCGAGUUUCUGGAUCUGCACAUUUGGGUGGAGCUACCGUUGCUGCAAUAGCAUGGGCACGAAGUAGGAGGGGGCCUUUUCCCCGUUUCUGA